GUUAUCUGAGUACAUUGUGGCCGGUGCUUGUAGUGGUGGAGGAAUUCCUACUCCCAGCAAUACAGCAGAUGCUGGAAACCUUGCUCUUUUGUCUCAUACAGCUUAACCAGGUGUUGCUCCAUGCUGCCAGUUGCAAUCAAGCCUUUCAGUAUUUCAGCCCAGCCAGUGUGUAGAAGUGAUUGAAAGGUCUGAUGAGAGGAACAGCGAGCAAAUUAACGGAACCAAAAAGCACUCCGUGAUGGCAGCAGGAACAGAAGGUUUAGAAGGUAUCGUCAUGGGUCCCAGUCAGAUCAGUAUGAACGUUACUGACACCACAGCAUGGGCUACAGCGAUGAACAACUUGGGAAUAGCCCCAGUGGGACUAACCGGUCCACCGCUGGUAUCAGACCCCAUCUGUGUCCCAGCGUUUGAACAUGGCCUAGGGCUAAUGGCAGGAAUGGCACCAGUCAACCCCAUGAUGACUGGGAUUAGCUUACUGCGACCGGCUGUCCCACCAGGGUUACCAGUAAUGAAAGAAAUUAUCCACUGUACAAGCUGUACCCUCUUCCCAGCCAACCCAAAUCUUCCACCGCCAGCCACCCGUGAUCGACCACCUGGCUGCAAGACUGUGUUUGUGGGGGGCUUGCCGGAAAACGCUGCUGAGGGAGUCAUCCGUGAGGUUUUUGAGCAGUGCGGGGAUAUAACAGCCAUUCGCAAAAGCAAGAAGAACUUCUGCCACAUCCGCUUUGCUGAGGAGUUCAUGGUGGACAAGGCUAUCUACCUGUCAGGCUAUCGCAUGAGGCUGGGAUCAAGCACUGACAAGAAGGACACAGGUCGCCUGCAUGUGGACUUUGCUCAGGCCCGAGAUGAUUUCUACGAGUGGGAGUGUAAGCAGCGGAUGUUUGCAAGAGAGGAACGUCACCGGCGCAUGUUAGAAGAUGAGCAUCUGAGGCCACCCUCCCCUGCACCGAUUGUGCACUAUUCAGAGCAUGAAGCCAGUCUAAUGGCUGAGAAACUCAAAGACGAGAGCAAGUUCCCAGAAGCCAUCUCGGUGCUGCUGGCUUGGUUUGAACGUGGAGAAGUGACACGGCGCUCAGCGAACAAUUUUUAUUCCAUGAUCCAGUCGGCCAACAGCCACAGUCGGAGGCUGAUGAGUGAAAAGGCAGCACAUGAGCAAGAAAUGGAAGACGCCAAGGAACGAUUCAAAAAUGCUUUAGCACGGAUCCUGACUGGAUUUGAGCAGAUUGUUGCAGUUUUCAAGGCUGCUUCGAAGCAAAAGGUUUGGGACCAUUUCUCAAAAGCUCAACGCAAGAACAUUGAUAUAUGGCGAAAGCAAGCUGAGGAAAUCAGGAAUGUGCAUAAUGAAGAACUUAUGGGAAUUCGUCGAGAGGAGGAGAUGGAAAUGUCUGAUGAUGAUUAUGAAGAAAGUCCUUCUAAAUUGCCCCCAGUGGAUGAUUCUGCUCUGGCUGUCCAAGCGCGUGCACUGAAGGAGGAGAAUGACAGUCUGAGGUGGCAGCUGGAUGCCUAUCGGAAUGAAGUGGAGCUCCUUAAACAGGAGCAGGGAAUGUUCCAGCGCAUGGAUGAAAGCCACACCAAGGAUCAACAGCUCCAGUUUCAACAACAAGCAAUGCAGGGCAUGCAACAGCAACUACUCACACUGCAGGAGGAAUACAGAAAGAAGGAAUUAGAACUGGAGAAAAUGAAGGAGGAAAAUUCACAUGUACAAGCAUUACUUGCAACUCUUAAAGAAAAGGAGAUGAAUGGGUUCACCUUGUCUGUGUCCACCCGAGGUAGCCAGACCAGUGAGGGAAGCCCUGCCGCUCGACCACUCAAAUCAGAGAAAGAAGCAUUAUUAGUAGGUAUUAUUUCAACCUUCCUUCAUGUCCAUCCAUUUGGAGCUAACAUUGAAUAUCUCUGGUCUUAUCUACAGCGACUAGAUGCCCAGAUAUCUUCGGCGGAAAUCGAAAUGCUGCUCUUACAGCUGCCGCACAUGUUUAAACAAGAAUUCACAGGUGUUGGAGCCACGCUGGAGAAAAAGUGGAAAUUCUGUGCUUUCGAAGGAAUUAAAACCAUCAGCCAAUGAGCCUGAAAUGACACUUUGCAAGGGAGAAAAAUAGAUUAUAUUGCAUUUCAGGUUCAAGCAUCAGUGAGCGUGAAAUCUGGUAAUUAUGAAGAGGAUUAAGGCUGCAGAGCCAACCAAGCUUGAGGUCUAAUUACUACAUCUGUUGUAUCUCUGAUGACUAAAAAUCUAUCUGUACCCCGGUUACUGACCUGUGUCAGAAUGUGAUGAUUCCACUCAGUUCUUCAUAAGAAACUCUCAUUAUCUGACUACUUACCAUAGCUGCAACUCCUCAAGAAUGAGGGGAAAGGCAGGGGCAUUAUUCGGAAAUCUUGCCAACCCACCAUAAAGAAUACAGUUGGAACUUAUUGAGAUACUUGAGAGUUAUUGUGCUGGAGAGACACUGUAUUACGAUGCUCCAGAAAAUGGAUGGAAGGCUCAGACUUGCGAGCUGCUAUCGUGCUGAAAGGCCAGUGUGUGGCCCAACAGUGCAAAGAGCACACUGGUAAAACAUGCAAAGGCUUAAACUUCAAGAGACAAAUGAGGCCCAGAGUGUUGUCGGCUUUUCCCAUUACACAACACAGACCGAGGUCACUCUUCUCAUUAUUGGCUUCAACUGAAAUGUGUUUAUGGUGCAGCUUUGAUAAUGAGGGAAGGAAUUGUGAUUCUUCUAUGUCUCCUAGUCAUGCGUGAACUUCUUGUCUGCUGCACCACAUGGAUGGGAAAAUCUUACUAUUGUGUAAUUUAGAAAUAAAUUAAUUAUUUUUAUGAAAAUUUAAAUUAUAACCUUUUACCUCACAAUGGGGUGAUGCCACCCUCUGUUG